GAACAGGAUAUGUGCAUUGGCUGCAUGGCAGUAAAAGCAGAUGUAAAGCUUCAGCGACGAUGUGGCACAACAAAUGCAGGGGAAGGAGGUUGUGUUACAUGCUAUUGCCGACCAAUGUGGUGUUUAACAUGUUUAGGCAAAUGUUGGAGUCAGUGGACAGGUUUGCUGCUCGACAGGAUCAGGACCAGCCAGAAAUGUGGUUGUCUUCCAGAGCACCGUGUCCCACUUGUCGUUCAGCAUUUUGCAUUCUAGAUGUUUGCAUCAUUUCAGAGAACUGAUAGCAUGAGUAAAGUAAAAUAGUGAAAUUUCUUUAAAGAUGGCACACACACACACACACACACACACACACACACACACACACACACACACACACACACACACACACACACACACACACACACACACACACACACGCACACGCACA